AUGGAGAGGGAGUGUCGCAACGUCUAUAACGGUUCUAAAAAAAGAUUGAAUAGCUUAAUGUUUCAACGACUUGAAAAGCUUCUUCAAUUCUUAAAAACGCCUCUAAUCGCGGAGCCUUCACAGUUCGAUCCUGAUCGCGUUCUUGCUCAUAAAUUCCCUGAGUCAAUCUACGUUUAUGCCGAAAGAGAUGCUGCGGUUUAUGCCUUGGGCGUUGGAGCUUGUGGCCGCGAUGCUAUUGAUGCUGACGAGCUUAAAUUUGUUUAUCCUGAAAAUGGGCAGCAAUUUAUUCAGGUCUUGCCAACAUUUGCUGCUUUAUUUUCACUUGGGUCGAUGACAAAUGGUAUAGAUUUGCCUGGCUUGCAAUGUGAUCCGCGUUUUCUGCUGCAUGGACAACAGUAUAUAGAAGUGUACAGUCCAUUUCCAUCAAGUGCAUCUAUACAUAAUAAAGUCUGUCUCGCUGGAUUGCAUGACAAAGGGAAGGCAGCCAUUGUUGAGAUUGAAACAAAAAGUUAUGAGAAAGAGUCUGGUGAAUUAUUAUGCAUGAACAGAUCAAGUGUUUACCUUCGAGGCGCUGGUGGCUUCUCAAACCCAACUCACCCAUUUUCUUACUCCAAUUAUCCAAACAACCAGGUUGCAGCUGUAAAAAUUCCAAAAACUCAACCUUUUGCAGUAUUUGAAGAUUUCAUUCAACCAUCUCAGGCAUUGCUAUAUAGGCUAUCUGGUGAUUAUAACCCUCUGCAUUCAGAUCCCAUGAUUGCUAAAGUUGCAGCAUUCUCCCGUCCAAUAUUGCAUGGGCUAUGCACACUUGGAUUUGCAGUUAGGGCCAUCAUCAAAUGUAUUUGCAGAGGAGAUGCAAGCAUAGUUAAGAACGUAUCUGGUCGAUUCCUUUUACAUGUGUACCCUGGUGAAACAUUGAUCACUGAAAUGUGGCUGAAAGGCUUGAGGGUUAUAUAUCAGGCGAAGGUGAAAGAACGAAAACGGGCAGUUUUGUCAGGCUUUGUGGACCUCCAUCAUUUAAUAUCAUCACUGUAAAUUAAUUCCGGAGUUAUUGAACAGGGGAGGUUUUAUUCUCUAAAUAUAUUUGAAUAAUUGUCGCUAGACCUUACCGUUGCAAUGGGAAAUUUACCUAUAAAAGGAAUAAGAAAAGUUUUCAUAGUGUAGACAAGCAUGAAUUGUAGUCUCCAUCACAUAUUUACGGUGGUCGUCUUAUUCAUUUUGUCAAUACAAAGAUCUUUGCUUCUGUUGUGGAC